AUGUCAAAGGCGGUGGUUUGUGUCCUAAUAGCCACCGCCAUAUUGUGCCUUAUAAUCAUAUUAUCCCCAUUGAACCUUAAGGAACCUAAAGGUAAAGGCCUUAAUCGUAGGUUAGGGUACAAAAUACUUGAGCAUGCACCAAAUUUUGACCCUCUUAUAAUUGUGACAAAGAUUGAGAGAGAGACAGAAAAAAAAGAGCAACAUGAUGAGCAUUCUCCUCCUCGUAUGUUGUCAACAACAUCGACGGUGAGUGAGGCUUUGGAGACUUAUCAAUAUCUUACAUCGGGUGGAAGAUUGAACACCACGUUGAGGUUGAUCAUUUUGUUCCCAUUGUUGGAUAGAGAACCCAAAGAUGGUGUUGUUGGUUUCAAUGAGUUAGAGGCUUGGAUUUCUCAACGAGCUGUUGAGAGAUUGGAUUAUGUCACCCAGGUUGAGUUGGACUCCAAGGACAAGAAUGGGGACUUCGCUAUCUCUUUUACCGAGUUUCUACCUCAGUUUUCUGAAAAGGAUAUACAAAAAAAAGAUAUGGGGCAUGGUGAAGCAGGAUGGUGGAUGGAGAAAUUUGAUACUGCAGACAUUGAUCACAAUGGACUUCUUAACUUCACCGAGCUGAGAGAUUUUUUGAACCCAGAAGACAGCAAAAAUGUGGAAAUGCUGAAAUGGAUGUUGAGAGAUAAAAUUAAGCGCAUGGACGAUGAAAUGGAUGGGAAACUGAAUUUCGACGAAUUUGAAGACCAUGUAUAUAGUACUUACGUAAGUUAUAUGGACUUUGAAACUAAUGGAGGGAAUGUACCUGAUGCAAAGGAUAAAUUUGCUGAGCUUGAUGUGAACAAGGACCAGUUAUUGUCACCGGAAGAAUUGAUACCGAUACUUCCUUACAUCUACCCUGGAGAGCUAGCUUAUGCUAAAUAUUUCACGUGCUAUUUAAUGAAUGAGGCUGAUGAUAAUGAAGAUGGAAAAUUGUCACUCCAGGAGAUGCUUGAUCAUGAAUUUGUUUUUUACAACACAGUUCAUGCAGAUGGGCAUCAGGAAAGCGAUGAUGAACACGAUGAGCUUUGAUGUAUGAAUAUAAAAAUAAAUAGUGAACUAGUUCUUCCUGAUUAUGAUUUUGUAAAAUAUAGAACUCAA